AUAUGGACGCAUUCGACGCACGGAUCUGGCCAAUGGGCCUUUCUUCUACCUUUCGAACAUGUCUGGCUGGCUCCAAAUUAUUCUCCAUCAAACAAACAAACAACACUAGCUGCCAAAACCCCAACCAAAUUCGCGUGUCUUUAUUAAUUUUUCAGCAUCAAGCUUCAGCCUUUAACAAGUAAAAGCAAAACCCAGAAAUGCCUCCAAAUCUCUGCACUGUCGUCGUCUUCCUUCUGGCGACGAUGGCCUAUGGCGGCGGAGCCGUAGGCGUGAACUGGGGCACGACGGCCUCGCACCCAUUACCGCCGACCAAGGUGGUGGAGCUGUUGAAGUCCAACAAUGUGACCAAGGUCAAACUACUCGACGCCGACCCAGGUGUCCUAGAAGCGCUUUCUGGGUCCAAUCUUGGUGUCACUGUGGGCAUUCCUAAUGCCUCGCUUAGAACCUUGAACUCUUCUAAGAAGGCUGCUGAGAGUUGGGUUCAUGACAAUGUCACUCGCUACGUCUCCAAUGGCGGCAGUGGCGUUAAAAUUGAGUAUGUUGCUGUUGGAGAUGAGCCAUUUCUUCAGAGUUAUGGUGAGCAAUUUCACCCCUUUGUCAUUGGAGCAGCAAUGAAUAUCCAUAUAGCUUUGGCCCGAGCAAAAUUGGAGAGCAAGGUGAAAGUAGUUGUUCCUUGCAGUUUUGAUUCCUUCCUGUCAGAGUCUGGCCAUCCUUCGAAAGGACAUUUUCGGGCUGACCUCAACAGAACCAUGAUUGAACUCCUCACGUUUCUCAGCAAGCACAGUUCACCAUUCUUUGCGACCAUUUCUCCGUUCUUAAGUCUCCACCAGAACAAAAACAUUUCCCUGGACUUUACUCUAUUUAAAGCCAAUGCAAAACCUCAUAAUGACAGCCGGAGAACAUACAAAAACAGCUUUGACUUGAGCUACGACAUCUUGAUUACUGCAUUGUCAACAGUAGGAUUUCCUAAAAUGGAAAUUGUUGUGUCGCAGAUUGGUUGGCCUACAGAUGGAGCAGCAAACGCAACCUCAUCAACUGCAGAGACCUUCAUGAAAGGCCUGAUGGAGCACCUUCAUAGCAAAUCGGGGACCCCACUUAGACCUCGGGAUCCUCCAUCUGAAACAUACAUUUUUAGCCUCUUAGAUGAGGAUCAAAGAAGCGUAAGCACUGGGAAUUUUGAAAGACAUUGGGGUGUGUUCACUUUUGAUGGUCAAGCCAAGUACCAUUUUGACUUUAUCCAAGGCUCGAAAAACCUCGUGGAUGCACAGAAUGUUGAGUACCUUCCUUCGAAGUGGUGUGUAGUGAACAACAAUAAGGACUUAUCCAAUGCAACUGCAAGUUCUUUAGAGGCAUGUUCACUUGCCGAUUGCACCGCACUGUCUCCUGGUGGGUCUUGUUCCAAUAUCAGCUGGCCUGGAAAUAUAUCGUAUGCGUUUAAUAGCUACUAUCAGCAGCAUAAUCAGAGUGCAGACAGCUGUAACUUUGGGGGCUUGGGUUUAAUCACAACCGUUGAUCCGUCAGUGGAUAAUUGCAGGUUUUCUGUUCAACUUCGCACUUCUCUUUCAGAUUUCCUUUAUCCGGCCUAUCUUACCCAGUGGAUGACCUUACUAGUCACAACCAUUUUGUUAUCCUUAACCAUAUUUACGUAGAAAAUAGAUUCCAAGGAAAUUUUUGUAGAAAAUAGAUAUCCGAGGAGAUUUUUUACUGCUGUAUGAUCUGUCUCCUGUUCCAUUGUUGCCAGUGUUUGUUGUUGUAGCUUGUAAGAGGUUUGAUUACUUGUUGAAGUGCUUAUUCUGUGAGCAGACAUGGGCUUAGCCAAGUUGGCUAGAGCGGAUGUGUUUCCCACUCUGCACCGGAGUUCGAAUCCCACUCCCUGUAUUGGUGAUUAGAUUACAGUAGAAUAUCAUUUGUAUCAAAUGCUUAUUUUGUGAAAUGUAAGAUGGCAAAAGAAGGGUGUUUGGAAAUCAAAAUGACUUUGAGGCUCUA